AUGGCUCAGAGAGUCGCAGCCUUCCUCAAGAAUGUCUGGGCCAAGGAACCGGUGCUCGUGGUAUCCUUUGCCAUUGCGGGCCUCGCUGUAAUCCUGCCCACACUCAGCCCCUACACCAAGUACUCGCUCAUGAUCAACCAGGCCACACCCUACAACUACCCAGUGCCCCUCCGAGACGACGGGAACAUGCCCGACGUGCCCAGCCACCCCCAGGACCCCCAGGGCCCGAGCCUGGAGUGGCUGAAGAGACUGUGAGCGCCUCCGUUGACAGGGAGCGGCCCCGGC